AUUGUUAGAGCACUGACGUCAGUGGAGAACUGUAAUGUGUCUGCUCUAGAUAACAUGUUCAGGACACCAUUACACUGGGCAGCUGUACUGGGCCAUUCUGCUGUGGUUGCGCUGCUGCUGGACAAUGGUGCUGAAUACUCUGUAUCAGAUUCUAAUGGUGCCACUCCACUCCAUUAUGCUGCUCAGAAUAAUCACUAUGAAACAGUUGAAGUGUUCCUUUCGUGUAAGAAUGUUGUGGAUGAGCCAGACAUUGAGGGUCGCUCGGCAUUUAUAUGGGCUGCUGGGAAGGGUGCGGAUGAGGUCAUCGGAGUCUAUCUCAAACAUAAUGUGGACAUACAGCAGGUAGACAGUCACGAAGGAUCAGCCCUUCAUGCUGCUGGUUUGUCAGGCCAUGCUUCGACGGUGAAGCUUCUACUGGACCAGGGAGCUCAUAUCGAUGCUGUGGACCGCCUGAAGCACACUGCCUUGUUCCGAGCUUGCGAGAUGGGACACACGAGUGUGGUUCAGUCAUUGAUUGAUUAUGGUGCUAGAGUCGAUGUUCUGGAUUUUGAUGGAAGGUCACCCCUUCAUUGGGCAGCUUUAGGUGGGCAUUCCUACAUUUGCCAGACUCUCAUUAAGUAUGGCGUGGAUCCUAACAUCAGAGAUUACUCAGGGCGGACUCCUUUGCAGUGCGCUGCGUAUGGUGGUUUUGUGAACUGUAUGUCAGUGUUAAUAGAACACAAGGCAGAUGUUAAUGCCAGGGACAGAGAUGGUAUGACAGCUUUACACUGGGGGUGUAGUAAAGGACAUUUAGAUGCUGUUAAGUUACUGAUUGAGUACCAAGCCUUUCCUAACCACAUGGAGAUGACAGAGGACAGGUACACGCCCCUGGAUUAUGCUUUGAUGGGAGAGCACCACGAUGUCGCACAGUACAUGCUGGAGCAGGGGGCACUGUCUAUUACGGGUAUUCAGGAUCUAGCUGCCCUCAGUAUCCAGGGCAAAAUUGUGUGCAAGUCUAAAAGACCGAAAAUAACACAGGUCAAAAACAAACUUGUAUACAUAAACUUGAUGAAACAUGACCAGCUUCGGAAAGAGGCUGCAAGGAAGCGAGCUGUGGAAGAAACAAGAAAGAAAGAGGACAAAAAACACAAAGAGGAAGUCAUUAAUCGCCAAAAUAUUGUGUUCAAAGAAAUGAGUCUGGUCGAACAGGAACCUCCUCCAACAGUCAAACAGGAAGAGGUUCUACAGGAAGAGGAAGUGCCAAAGAUAAGGGAAAAGAAAGAGCCCAAACAGAAGAAAAAGUGAGUACAUGUGAAAUGGCAAAAAUUCACAACAAAACUCAACAUCAUAAGAAAAUUUAUGAACGAACCUUUGAAAAGCCAAAGGCCAAAUUCACUACCGCCAAUUAACCAAGCGUUUGCAUGGAGACGGUCAUCAAGGCGGAAGGAAAGAGAACUCUCGGAACAGGAAGUAGUCCUGCGACAAAAGGAAAACCAGAAGCAGAUCAAAAGUACCGAAAAAUCUCGACAACGACAAUACAAGCUAAAACAAAAGGCAGCAUCUAAAAUCCAGAAGGCAUGGAAAAACUACAAAAUGCGACAAGUUGGAAUUCUGAAGGUGGCCAAACAAUCUAUCAGAACCAUGAGGUUACGAGCGGGGGCUGAGGAAUUCGAGAAAUCCAUUGCUGCUCUGACUAUUCAGCUAGCCUGGCGCAAAUACUACAGGCGGAAACUACUACGCCAACUACAUCCCAAUAAACGCCAGCUUCAUAUGUGGGAUCCUGAAGUCAUAGCCAUGAAACAAAGAGCACUAGUCAAAUCAGUUUACGGAGAGAAAGUCAACGCCACAUUUUGGCAUCCACAACAGAGGAAACAGACAAGGCCUUACUGGGCAAAGUGGAUCCCUUCCCCUGCUGCGUUAUCUUAUAAUUUUGCUGUUGAUAACUAUCAUCCCCUGGCCAAGAGAGGAUUCCUCCCGACGCCAUUUCUUGACGAUUCCGGGCAUCCCAGAGAUUUCGACUGGAAACCAAUGGAAGAGGAAGAUUUAGAAAGAAACUUGAGAGAUGUACGAAUUAGUGAUAACCCAUCCAGAAAAUCUAGCCUAGAAGAUGUUGACAUUUUUCAUGACCAUGAUUUAACCGCAAUACAACAUAAGAAUCCACUGGUGCAGAAAGGAGGGACAUGGAAACCAGAGGGCUGCACAUCAUACCAGAAAGUUGCUAUCAUUGUACCAUACAGAAACCGAUAUUUUCAUUUAAAGUUAUUGCUCUCUAGGCUUCAUCCCAUGUUGAGGAGGCAGAAUAUUCAUUAUAAAAUAUUUGUUAUAGAACAGGCUACCAAUGACAGCUUUAACAGAGGGAAGUUGAUGAAUGUAGGAUUUAAAGAGGCACUUAAGGAGGAGCAGUAUGAUUGCUUUGUCUUCCAUGAUGUAGACAUGAUUCCUGAAAAUAAUAAAAAUCUCUAUAUUUGUGAUGAUCAUGCCAGACAUUUAUCAUCUGCCAUUGAUGAAAUGCGAUACCAUGUGAUGUACUAUAAUUAUGCUGGAGGUGUAAUUGCCAUGAAGAAGGAUGUUUUUAAAGUCAUCAAUGGCUACGCCAAUUCUUACUGGGGAUGGGGCAAUGAAGAUGAUGAUCUCUCAGCAAGAAUACAAGAAGCAGGAUAUUUAUUAACCAGACCUCCAGAACAUAUAGGAAGAUAUAAGAUGGUGCGACACAAAAAGGAGUCCAGAUCAGAAAAUGGAUACGAGCGUUUUCUGGGUUGGAGAGGUAGAUGGUUACAAGACGGACUCCACAGCCCUAAGACGAUGACCUACAAAGUCCUCAGUAAAUCCCAGGAACCUCUGUAUACCAACGUCACAGUCAACCUGCUGUACGAUAAAAACAAAGAGAUCAACGUCGCCGAGGACACAACAAAGGAAUCACUGUGGUGGUUUUUAAAGUUUUAUUUUCCAUGAAUAUUAAAGAAGUUUAUAGUGAAAUCCUCAGCAGAACAAGAAAGGAGACUCGGUGUACUUAACACAAGAAAGAAUGACCAACUGAUUGGAACUGGAAACAGUAUGGAAAGUUUUAAAUUGAAGGAUCUUCAUAUGUAUCUGCUGUAAUACGGUUGUUCAUUGUGGUAGAUGGAGAUGAAAAGUAGCUGCACAUAAAACUUAUAUUGUCGAUACAAUGCAUUAAUCAUUAUUUAGAGCUCAAAACACAAAUUCAUUAGCCAAACUGUUAGAUACAUUAUACUAAAAUAUAAAGAAUGAACUUUCCUCUUUCAUCAGAUUUUCAUUAAAUCACCACAUUUCUCUCAUUUAUGGAAGAAUGACUUAUAAGAGUAAAAAAAACUUAUUAUAAAUCUAAUUAUAGCACAAUUUCCUUUAACAUUUUAUCUAAUAUUUAAGUAUCAUUUAUGUAAAAUCUGUACAAUUUUCUUUAAAUAUUUUAAUUAUUUUCCUGUGAAACUGCAUACACAUACUAAAGAGGACAAAAGGACCAUUUUUCAUAUUUUAACAAAAAAUUUUCCAUAUGAGUGAAUCAUUGAGAAUUGUUUUCAUUUAAGUAUCUGAAAGCUACUUUUAUUUUUAGCUCACCUGAGUGAGCUUUUCUGAUCACAUUUUGUCCGGCAUCCGUUUGUCUGUCUGUCCGUCUGUCUGUAAACUUUUCACAUUUUCGACUUCUUCUCAAGAACCGCUGGGCCAAUUUCAAUCAAACUUGGCACAAAGUAUCCUUGGGUGAAGGGGAUUCAAGUUUGUUCAAAUGAAGGGCCACGCCCUUUUCCAAGGGGAGAUAAUUAUGAAUUAGAGAAAAAUUAAUAGCAUUUUUAAAAAAUCUUCUUCUUAAGAACAACUGGGCCAGGAAAGAUGGAACUCAUGUGGAAUCAUCCUCAGGUAAUGUAGAUUCAAGUUUGUUCAUGACCCCCGGGGCUAGGGUGGGGCCAAAAUGGCCGACCCAAGUUUUACAUAGGAAUAUAUAGGAAAAAUCUUUAAAAAUCUUCUUCUCAAGAACCACUGGGCCAGGAAAGAUGAAACUCAUGUGGAAUCAUCCUCAGGUAGUGUAGAUUCAAGUUUGUUCAAAUCAUGACCCCUUGAGCUAGGGUGGGGCCAAAAUGGCUGACCCAAAUUUUACAUAGGGAUAUAUAUGGAAAUCUUUUAAAAUCUUCUUUUCAAGUACUUCAAAGCUAUGACUAGUGAUAUUUAUAUGGAAUCAUCCUCAGGUAGUGUAGAUUCUAGUUUGUUCAAAUGAUGAAUGCCGGGGGGGGGGGGGGUUUAAAUUCAAGCCCAAUGUGCUCAGGUGAGCGCUGUGGCCCCUGGGCCUCUUGUUUAUAUUUAUUUAGGAAAUGCUUUAUCAUGACAUUUAAAAUGAAAUGUGACAUUUCUGUUUAUACAGGUUUUAUCUGUUUUUUGUAUGCAUGGUACUGUUACGCGAGAAAGUUGCUAUUUUUUUUAAAAUAAUUUUUUUAUUAUGAUGAAUGAAUGUGUUUUUAUGAAAUAAACUUUUGUAAAGUGAUCAAUCAAUAUACAAUAAGUAAUUGAAUAUAAAACAAGAUGUGCUUGUGAAACACUGAUGCCCCCUUUCACAGCCUCACGGAAGGAAUGAAGUUUUUUAAAUGCAAGUCAAACCUUAAGGUCAAGGUCAAGAGGUCAGAUUUGGUGGUAUCCUGAGACAGGUCUUAUCACAAGUAAUAUACCAAUUAAAUAUGAAAGUGCUAGCUUCUGUAGUUCUAACUGUUCAAAUAUUAUGGACAAAGUUAAAGUUUUCAAAAGGUGGGUCAGGCUCUAAGGUCAAGGUAAAAUUUUUUAUGACCAUUGAAGGGUCUCAAUGAGCAUACAUAUGAAGUAUGAAAGCCCUAACACCAACUGUCCAACAGUUAUGGCCAAGGUUAAAGUUUGAAAUAUUUUAUUUAAAUUGGGCCAAGGUCAUGAGGUCAAAUUUGGUGUUACCCCAAGAAAGGUUUUGUCACAAGGUACAUGUAUACAUCUGUGAAAUAUGAAAGUCAUAGCCCUGCCAACUCAAAAGUCAUGGACAAGGUUAAAGUUUUCUAGGACAGACGGACUGACAGUGUAAAGAUAUAUACCCUGAAUUUUCGAUUAUGGGGGCAUGAUAUUUGUUUCAAAAAUAUAUUAUUUAAUACUACUAGUCCAAGAUAUCUGACGUUUUCCGGGCAUUGUUCAUGAUUUUCAUAUUUUACGUGCCAGGAAAACGUCAAAACCGGCGCUAUUACUGAAACUGGAAUUUGCCCGCCUCCAUUUGCAGAGGGCAUUUUAGAGUUAUUUUUCGAUACUUGCGAACUAAAUUAAAAGCUGAAUUUACAACUUAUCAAUGAUACAAUGCCUUUAGUAAUCACCUACAUCGUUUUUAUUGUUACAUGUAGUUUAUAAAUUCAUACCG